GUCAGACCGUGGCGCGGCGUGGCGCGUUUGGUAUCCGCGCAUAACGGACUCUCGGCCGGAAAUUGGUAAGAAAUAUUCUCCUUAGAAACAUGCUCGCAGCACAGAAUAACGAGCACAGAAAUUUCGCACCGCGAGCCGGUAACCGUAAUAAUCUAUUCCCCUCGUACGUACGUGUGCGCAACGCGUCUGCGCACGGCGGGCACGGCAAAUGAGGUUAAGGGUUCGCACGCGCGAACGAAAUGAUCGUUUAUAGAAUGAUAGAAUUAAUACGGAACCUCCGGACGUGUAUCCGCAACGUGGAACCGGAAGCGGAGCUUAUCGUCGAGUGAAACUUCCGUGUCCGUCGUUAUUCCGUGCGAGAGAGAACUUCGCGGGCAAAGAACACGCGCCACUUCGAUCAGUUUCUGCACGACUAACGAUCGCGCAAGUUCACGGAAGCGUUUCUCGCGCAUGCGCGCCGAUUCAAGGGAGAGUGGGGGCGAGCACGGUAAGCUUUGAUUGGCGGAGAAGCUCGAUCGAGAGAAGAAGCGAGGACAGUCGGCCAGUGACAAGUAUGGGGAGAGCACGUGUCGUUUGCAUCGGUGCGCGCGACUUGUUUGCCUCGUACGUCGACUCGCGCGACUCCAGCAUCAGUCAGACGGACAUCGUCGCUAGCGCCAGCAGCGUCGCUACCAAUCCCGUCGGAAAAUCAUCGUUCCACCCUUGCUGCACGGAGGGGCGAGAGGCGUUUCGCGGGUUGAAGAUCGCGGUGGCCUCGCGUACAACGAAUCCAGUGACCGCGAAUGCGAGAUACGUCAGCGCACGUCGCCGGCCCGUCACUAUGUUACUCGCGGUGAUCGCGUUCCUCGCCGCCGGCUCCAACGCCGAGGUCUUCACCAAUACGUUCCUCGUGAAGAUGCGGCAGCCCGCGGAGAGGCACAUCGCCGAUCGCGUGGCCGCCAGGAACGGGUUCAUCAAUCUGGGACCGGUACUGGGCAGUCAAACGGAAUACCACUUCCUACACAGAGCUCUGCCGCACGCGCGCAGCAAAAGAUCCGUGCCGCACACGAGGAAGUUAAAGGUGGACCCUCUGGUGCACACUGCGGUGCAGCAGCAAGGGUUCAAGAGGGUGAAGAGGGGUUACAAGCCGCUCAGCGUGGACAAUCUGGUGCCCUUCUACCAGACGAAGGACUCGGAGUACGCCGGGAACAGGGAGCCAACCGACCCGUACUUCCAGUACCAAUGGUACCUAAAGAACACAGGCCAGAACGGUGGCAAGCCGAAACUGGAUCUGAACGUGGAGGCUGCCUGGGCUCAGGGUGUGACCGGGAAGAACGUGACCACGGCGAUAAUGGACGACGGUGUCGACUACAUGCAUCCGGAUCUGAAGUACAACUACAACGCCAGAGCUUCCUAUGACUUCAGCAGCAACGAUCCUUACCCGUACCCGAGAUACACCGAUGAUUGGUUCAACAGCCACGGCACCAGGUGCGCGGGAGAGGUGGCCGCAGCUCGCGACAACGGCGUGUGCGGCGUCGGCGUCGCGUACGACUCGAAAAUCGCCGGCAUCCGAAUGCUGGACCAGCCUUACAUGACCGACCUGAUCGAAGCGAACAGCAUGGGACACGAACCUGACCUCAUCGACAUUUAUAGCGCCUCGUGGGGACCGACGGACGACGGGAAGACCGUCGACGGCCCGCGGAACGCGACCAUGAGGGCGAUCGUGCGCGGAGUUAACGAGGGGCGGCGAGGGCUGGGCAACAUUUACGUGUGGGCGUCCGGGGACGGCGGGGAGGAGGACGACUGCAAUUGCGACGGCUACGCAGCCAGCAUGUGGACUGUUAGCAUUAACAGCGCCAUCAACGACGGUCAGAACGCGCAUUACGACGAGAGCUGCUCGAGCACCCUGGCCUCAACGUUCAGCAAUGGCGCCAAGGACCCCAAAAUAGGAGUGGCAACCACCGACCUCUACGGGAAAUGCACCAGGACGCACAGCGGAACUUCGGCCGCCGCGCCGGAAGCUGCCGGAGUGUUUGCCCUGGCCCUCGAAGCUAACCCGAUGCUAACGUGGCGCGAUAUCCAACACCUGACCGUGCUCACAUCAAAGAGGAACUCGCUGUUUGACGCGAAAGGAAGAUUUCAGUGGAAGAUGAACGGCGUCGGCCUCGAGUUCAACCAUUUAUUCGGCUUCGGUGUGCUGGACGCCGGCGCGAUGGUCGCGUUGGCGAAGAAGUGGAAAACCGUGCCGCCGCGGAACCACUGCGAGGCCCGUGGCAACGUGUUCGAACCGAUGAAAGUGACGAGCGACGAACCGAUCCUGCUGAAGAUAGAGACCGAUGCCUGCGCAGGCACCGAGUACGCGGUCAACUACUUGGAGCACGUGCAGGCGGUGAUAUCCGUGAACGCGACGCGGCGAGGUGAUCUACAGCUUUUCUUGACUUCGCCGAUGGGCACCAGGUCCAUGAUCCUGAGCCGGAGGAUCAACGACGACGACCACAGGGACGGCUUCACGAAAUGGCCCUUCAUGACGACUCACACUUGGGGAGAGUACCCACAGGGAACCUGGUUGUUGGAGGUGAGAUUCGACACUCUAAAACCGCAGCGCGGUUGGUUCCGCGAGUGGACUCUGAUGCUGCACGGCACCAGAGAGGCUCCGUACACCGGACUGGCGGCGGCCGAUCCUCAUUCGAAGCUAGCGAUCGUGAAGAAAGCCCACGAGGAGCGAUUGUCCGCGAUGUAACGCCGACCGGGUGAACAAACUCCCGGCUGUCCUUCCGAUUAAUUUGUCCAGCAGCUUCGUGUUCUCGACGAUUCUCUGAUAUCUCUGUCAACUAUUGCGUUCGAGGUUUUCAAUACAGACGGCCGAGUUUCUCUGAAACCCCUGUGAUACAUAUAUAUAAACACACACACACACACACACACACACACACGCACACACACACACACACACGUAUA